UUCUCUUCACCUCCCAUGGGCGGAAACCCGAGAGAGAUAGAGCGACAGCAGAGACUCAUCACUGUGCUGAGUUUCUCUUUCCACUCUGAAUUUCUCUCUUCCUCAUUCUCUCUCUCUCCACACGCAACUCACGAUAUAUAGUUAAAGCUGAAUUGCCUGUUUCAAACAGCUCACACAUUUUGACACACUACACGCACCAAAAGAUAGAAAGGAAACGAGGAAAAAAUGGACUUAGCCCCAAAGCUCCAAUUCAUGGACCUACGAUCAACCUUUCUUGCCGGAGCAACUCCGCUUUCCCCCUCUUUCCCCGCCACCCUCCGCCCUCUGAACCGACCCUUAAGUACCAUGAGCACCGCGACAUCCUCCUCGGUUAAAGUCGCGAUCAUCCGUGCUCCUCUCUGCAAAAACACACCUCGAAUUUCCUCGAAAUUGGGUGCGGUUGCCACGGAAGUCACCACCCUUGAAGAAGAGGAGGAAGAUAUAGAAGCCCUUCUCUCUGAUAAUAGCUCCGGACAAUCAGAAAUUAACUACAAGCGCGGGAAUAAGAAUUCCACCGGCGCGUCUUCCAUUUCCUCUGGUGUAAAGUUAGAAAAUGUAAGCAAAAGCUAUAAGGGUGUUACUGUGUUGAAAAAUAUUAGUUGGGAAGUGAAAAAGGGCGAAAAGGUUGGAUUGGUGGGUGUUAAUGGCGCAGGGAAGACAACCCAGUUGAGAAUUAUAUCCGGAUUGGAAGAGCCCGAUUCGGGGAAUGUUAUUAAGGCGAAGAAUAACAUGAAAGUUGCGUUCUUGAGCCAAGAAUUCGAGGUUUUGUCAACGAGGACGGUGAAAGAAGAGUUUUUGAGUGCGUUCAAGGAGGAAAUGGAGGUAGCUGAAAGGCUGGAAAAGGUACAGAAGGCAAUAGAGAAAUCGGUGGAUGAUUUGGAGCUGAUGGGAAGGCUGUUGGAUGAGUUUGAUUUGCUACAGAGGAGGGCUCAAGCUGUGGAUUUGGAUGAGGUUGAUGUCAAGAUCAGUAAGUUGAUGCCCGAGCUUGGUUUUGCCCCCGAGGACGCAGACAGGCUGGUUGCAUCAUUUAGUGGAGGGUGGCAGAUGAGGAUGUCCCUUGGGAAGAUUCUGCUGCAGGAUCCUGAUUUGUUGCUUCUGGAUGAACCUACGAAUCACCUUGAUCUUGAUACAAUCGAGUGGCUUGAGGGUUAUCUGCAGAAGCAAGAUGUACCAAUGGUCAUCAUAUCCCAUGAUAGGGCUUUCCUUGAUCAGUUGUGUACUAAAAUUGUGGAAACUGAUAUGGGUGUUUCCAGAACAUACGAAGGGAAUUACUCUGAUUAUGUCAUAGCGAAGGCGGCAUGGAUUGAAGCUCAGUUUGCAGCAUGGGAAAAACAACAGAAGGAGAUUGAACAGACAAGAGACCUGAUAAGCAGGUUAAGUGCGGGGGCAAAUGCUGGUCGUGCUUCUACUGCCGAAAAGAAGCUAGAAAAACUCCAGGAUGAGGAACAAGUUGAGAAACCCUUCAUCCGGAAACAAAUGAAGAUCAGAUUCCCAGAGCGAGGAAGAAGUGGCAGAUCUGUUGUAACAAUAAAGAAUCUGGAAUUCAGUUAUGAGGAUAAGGUUCUAUUCAGGAAUGCGAAUUUGACAAUUGAAAGGGGAGAGAAAAUAGCGAUUCUUGGUCCAAACGGGUGUGGAAAGAGUACUUUGCUUAAACUGAUUAUGGGCAUGGAAAAGCCAGAUAUGGGAGAAGUUUUGCUUGGGGAUCACAAUGUAUUACCAAACUAUUUUGAGCAAAAUCAGGCAGAGGCACUUGAUUUGGGGAAAACGGUAUUGGAAACUGUUGCCGAAGUUGCAGAAGAUUGGCGACUUGACGACAUAAAGGGUCUUUUAGGCCGUUAUAACUUCAAAGCUGAUAUGCUCGACAGAAAGGUUUCCUUUCUAAGUGGUGGUGAGAAGGCUCGGCUUGCCUUUUGCAAGUUCAUGGUAAUGCCGUCGACACUGCUUGUUUUGGAUGAGCCGACCAAUCAUUUGGACAUACCUACAAAAGAGAUGCUUGAGGAGGCGAUUAACGAGUACCAAGGGACUGUUAUUACUGUCUCUCACGAUAGAUACUUCAUAAGGCAAAUUGUUAACCGUGUCUUGGAAGUAAAAGAUGGGAUCCUACAGGACUACGCGGGGGACUACAAUUAUUAUUUGGAGAAGAAUCUUGAAGCAAGAGAAAGGGAACUCGAGCGGGAGGCGGAGCUCGAGGAGAAAUCUCCAAAAGCAAAAGCCAAAUCCAAGAUGUCUAAGGCGGAGAGGGAAGCUCGGAAGAAGCAGAAAAUGCAGGCUUUUCAAGCUGCUAAACAGAAAUCGAAAGCAUUGAAAAACGCUAAGAGGUGGAAGUAGACAAACCGGUUGCGAUGAUAUCAUCAGCUUCUUGUUGCUCUGCGAAUCUUUGUGAGAAACACAGGGGAUGGUAGCUGUUGGGCUUAGGCUACCUUGUUCAUUUGUAUAUAUAGGACAUGAAUAGAAAUAGAUGACUUGUUUUAGGAAUGAUUGUAAUGAAAGAGCAGCUAUUUAUGAGUUCUUGAGGUGAUAACAUUUAGUGCACAGGGUUCAGAGGAAAAUUUGUUACAGGUUGCUGCUUUUCUUACUAUGUUCUGUGAAUUUUAAUGUAAUGAGAAAUUCUGUCCCUUUAUUGACAAAAGAAGAAGAAAUGUCCAUCCUUUGUGGGA